AGUGUAUGGGAUUGCCUGUUUGUCUGUUUUAACACAACCUUAUUGGCUUGGGCUACUUUCCUGAGGAAAAAAAAUUGCCAGUUUGAGAUGUUUUUGGAGGAGACUGUAGGUCAGGGUGUUUGGCUGGGGCUGAGGGCCAGGGUGCCCAAACAGUGAAGGCUUUUGGUAGACUGAGGACUCCAUCCUCUCCCCCUCUAAGAAACAUUUUCUUUUACUCCAACCUCCACUUCUAAGAAACAUUUUUUUUAACCUCUGUUGAGUGAACUAUUUAGUGCUCUCUGUCCCACUCCCCUUCUACUAGCCACAACAGUGUAUCAUUGUGUCACUGUCAGGUGUAGUGUCCCUAAGGAGGGCUCCAAAUGGAGGAUAGAAGAAGGAGAAGCCCAUGAGGAGGCAGAAGAAGAACCAAGAAGUUGUGGGUCUUGGAUUUGGGAUGUCAGCUGGACCCUGGUGAGGUGUACUUCUGUGGGCUUCCCUAGAAGAAGCUGGGCAUGUGGCCUCAGAUCCUUAAUCAAGCCUGCUUUAGAUUCCUUCAUCCUGCUGCUCCAUUCUUCUUUCUGUUGCACCUUAGGUCUCCAGGAAAGUUAACGGCCAGAGAGCGGAUCAGUCUUUUGUUGGACCCUGGAAGCUUUGUUGAGAGCGACAUGUUUGUGGAACACAGAUGUGCAGAUUUUGGAAUGGCUGCUGAUAAGAAUAAGUUUCCUGGAGACAGUGUGGUCACUGGACGGGGCCGAAUCAAUGGAAGAUUGGUUUAUGUCUUCAGUCAGAAUUUUACAGUGUUUGGAGGGAGUCUGUCUGGAGCACAUGCCCAAAAGAUCUGCAAAAUCAUGGACCAGGCCUUGACAGUGGGAGCGCCAGUGAUUGGACUGAAUGAUUCUGGAGGAGCGCGGAUCCAGGAAGGGGUGGAGUCCUUGGCUGGCUAUGCAGACAUCUUUCUGAGGAACGUCACGGCAUCCGGAGUUAUUCCACAGAUUUCUCUGAUCAUGGGCCCAUGUGCUGGUGGGGCCGUCUACUCCCCGGCUCUAACAGACUUCACUUUCAUGGUAAAGGACACUUCCUACCUGUUCAUCACUGGCCCUGAUGUUGUAAAGUCUGUCACCAAUGAGAAUGUUACCCAGGAGGAGCUUGGUGGUGCCAAGACCCAUACCACCAUGUCAGGCGUGGCCCAUAAAGCUUUUGAAAAUGAUGUUGAUGCCUUGUGCAAUCUACGGGAGUUCUUCAACUACCUGCCCCUUAGCAAUCAGGACCCGGCUCCCAUCUGUGAGUGCCAUGAUCCCAGUGACCGUGUGGUUCCUGAGCUUGACACAAUUGUCCCUUUGGAGUCUACCAAAGCCUAUGACAUGGAGGACAUCAUACACUCUGUUGUUGACGAGCGAGAAUUUUUUGAGAUAAUGCCCAGUUAUGCCAAGAACAUUGUUGUUGGUUUUGCAAGAAUGAACGGAAGGACUGUUGGUAUUGUUGGCAACCAACCGAAGGUGGCCUCAGGAUGCUUGGAUAUUAAUUCAUCUGUGAAAGGGGCUCGUUUUGUCCGGUUCUGUGAUGCAUUCAACAUUCCACUCAUCACUUUCGUUGACGUCCCUGGAUUUCUGCCUGGGACAGCACAGGAGUACGGGGGCAUCAUCCGGCAUGGCGCCAAGCUGCUGUACGCAUUUGCUGAGGCAACUGUUCCCAAGGUCACAGUCAUCACCAGGAAGGCCUAUGGAGGUGCCUAUGACGUCAUGAGCUCCAAGCACCUUCGUGGUGACACCAACUAUGCCUGGCCCACAGCAGAGAUUGCAGUCAUGGGAGCAAAGGGUGCUGUGGAGAUCAUCUUCAAAGGGCAUGAGAAUGUGGAGGCUGCUCAGGCAGAGUAUGUUGAGAAGUUUGCCAACCCUUUUCCUGCAGCAGUGAGAGGGUUUGUUGAUGACAUCAUCCAACCUUCCUCUACUCGUGCCCGAAUCUGCUGUGAUCUGGAUGUCUUGGCCAACAAGAAGGUGCAGCGUCCUUGGAGGAAGCAUGCAAAUAUUCCACUGUAAACAAAUCAAAGGAAAAUGAGCCAAGAACUAAAUUACUUCCUGGCCAUUCACACCCCAUCCCUGCCUUUUACAGUCAUGAACCUGGGAAUCUAAAUAGCAGUAAUAACUUAAAAUGACUAAGUUUAUUAAAUUCUUGAAAGGUC